UGAUUGCCCUCUGCAAUACCAUGCGAGGCAAAACAGUUCUCAAGCACAAGUACUUUGUUUGAGGGAGACCUAUGAGGUGAAACAAAAAGAUAAAAGCAGUAGGAAUGCUCCAGGACCAUGUGAAAGCCAGGAAGCAUAGAACCAAUAGCAUAUGCUUUCCCUCAUCAAGUCAAGGUGCAAGUGGAAAGAAUAAUAGAGUGUUAAGUGGUUAGAUACCUGUGAAAGCUGAUGAUAAAUCACAGUUGUCACGUAAGCUGAAAAAAAUAUGAGAUUUUACAAUCUGUUAUAACAACUUGUCUGUACUGCCGCUCUCUUUUGCUAGCAGAGGGCUCACUUUUGUGACACGUAAGGGGUAAUGAAACCAAUGAAAAGGCUUCAAGGAUCUUCACCCUUGAUAAUUUGUGCUGGUGAGUGGAGGUGACCAUGUAGCAAGACCCAGGCAUGUGUUAGGGUGGUGAGAUUAUGGAGCUGAAACUGUCAGCGCACCAGUAACCAGAUUGAGUUCAUUCAUGUGUCUUGGGCAAGUAAGCCAGCAGCAGUGCUGAUGUGAGAGCAGGAGCAGGUUGCUAGCUGGAGUCACUGGUGCUGAAAGUAAAGGAAGGAACCUCCUGCUACUCCUACAGAGCACAGAAAUUAGAUAGGAGCAGGAGUGCUUCCAGCAAAUGCUGACUAUGAGUGGUAUAAAGAUCAUCAUAGCUGCUACUCCAGAGUGAAAAACAGUCACUGUGGUGAUCCCUCAUAUGUGAGCAUUGCAAACUAGCAAAGACGCUCAUGUUUAAACAGUCCCAGAGGAAUAUGUGCAGCCUUACACAUCUAGGUACCUAGAUCUGUGCCCUGUGGAAGUUUUCAGCCCUUAUAAGUCUUCUUUCCGAAGAAACCUGUAGCUGGCAGUGAGAGGAAGGAUACUGGACUAGAGAAGCUUGUCCUUUAUUGCAUUUUGGUGACCAUUCCGAUUCUAGAAAAGCGUACGCAUCAGUCUCUGAGAUCACUUCAAACUCAGGACACAACACAGACCGUCCAGGUUUUCGAAGCAUUUUCCUUUAAUGGUGUGACCUAUGAACGUUCUUGAAAGAGAACAAGGCUACAUUACAGCAAGUGAUAAAGGCGUGGAAGCAGUUGAAGCAGCCUUCACAUCCAAUGCAGAGGAUGAUGGCUUUUUGGCACUGAAGACAGAAUCCUGUUGAGCAUUGCUCUUCUAGGAAGUCUGAGAACUUAUGUCUCAGCUGUAAUGAGAAUGCAGUGUAGUCACAAGCUUCUGGUGAUUUGCACUGACUGAAGGCUCCAAUAUGGCAGCUUAGAAGCCUGUUUUUCUCUUUUAUGUCUGUUUCUCUUAUCAGAAAAAGUUUUCUCAGGCCCUGCAGAAUCAGGCCCUCAUGUUAACACCUGAUGCUCCGUCCUGAUUGAGUUUCAGCCAGGAGGAGCCUUUUGGUAAUCCAGCUGCAAGUAUUAUUUGUGCCACCCCUUCUCCUUGGGGGCUAAUAGAAAGGAGUAGCAAGGCAAGUGUGCUGUGAGAAGCAACAGAUGCUGUUUUACUCCUGUUCAGGUCUCUGGUGACUGCUUUGAACUCCGUUUUGUUUAAAUACAAUUGUUAAUAACUUUGUUCCAUGCAUUAUCCUCUGAAAGUGACUACACAAAAGGGAGUUAAUUCCAUCUUUUGCUUAUCUGACUGGUGCAGCUUGUUUUGCAUUCUAAGUGCUGCGUAACUCCCCAGCAGCAGCAAACUUUCACUUAGAAGUAAUAACAGUUUAAACCUUGGUGUGCUGCCGCUUUGCUCUCAGCCCGGCCUCAGAUCCCUUGGCACUAGUGGUGUGUCCCUAAGGUGUGCUCUUCCAGCACAACUGAUAGUUGGACUUCUGCUUGGAGAUGAUGGUGUUGCCUCUCCCACUGCGUACAGCAACUAUUUAGCUAAAUAAUGUUUAAAGCUCUGCCUGGCCUUGUGAUGAAUGCAACUGUUGCUUUUGCCAGCAGGAAGUACACAUGAGCUGUAUCACUUCUGCUAUCUGCCCAGGCUACCUCCUCGGCAUUCCUUCUGAGGAUCCCGCUGGCUAGUACGUGACUCCCGUGAUGCCUAUGUGCACCUGGCUCCUUGUGUUGAGUUUUUGUGUGCAGGGUGCUGCAAGGUCCUGCUCUCCCAUGGGGGUUCACACAAGCGAGGCCUAAUCCCAGCUCUUCUGUGAGCAGGAGAAUGCUUCCCCUGCCUAUCUCAGUGGGAGCAAGGUAUCCUGUAACAUGACUUCAGAUGUAGGAAUCGCACCUGUAAUAUUAGUCAUGUGGUGACUGGAAGUUCAGUGCCUCCCUGCACAAGUUGGAUGCCGCAGUGAAGACACACAGGGCACUAUGUCACUGGCAUCCUGGUUCAGGUGGAAUGAGCCCCCAAAUCGGAUUUCCCAGAGGAACCCCACAGAGAUGGUGGUUGAGACGCUAAUGAUGGAGCUGAGCUGGCAGAUCAAGCAGGCAGAGAAGCAGCAGCGGGAGCGGGAGAAUGAGUAUCGCAAGAUCAAGACUGGGGUGGACUACGGCUGGCUGGUCAGCUAUCCAAAGCAGAGCUAUGAUAUCAGCCCAGGAGAAAGGCUGCAGCUGGAGGAUAUGUGUACCAAAAUACAUCCCUCCUACUGUGGGCCUGUCAUACUCAGAUUCCGGCAACUCAUUGCUGAAUAUGAACCAGAAGUGCAGGAAGUAUCUCGACUCUUCCGCUCUGUUCUGCAGGAAGCUGUUGAGAAGAUCAAAGAGGAGGAAGACGCCAAGAAGCUUGCCAAGCAGUGGAACACAAAGAACAAAACCAGCCUCUCCUUAACAACAUUUAAGUCCCGGUCCAAGAUUUCCCCGUUCAUCAGUGACAUCAAGACCAUCUCUGAGGAUGUAGAGCGGGGCACCCAGCCCACCAGGAGGGUUUGGAGCAUGCCAGAAUUCCGGAAUGCCAAGGAUUACUGACUCUGUACUGAACAAGGUUUUUAAAAAGUGAUCUCUCCUAAUCCCAGUUAACCCUUUUUUUUAGCUCUACCAUUUCUUCUUUGUUCCAGCUUUCUCUUACUGUCUAUCUCUCUCAGAAGCUGUGUCCAUAGUAACUGCUGCUGAUGCCCACAGUGUGUGACAAUUUAUUACCACACAUGCUAGCUUUUCCUUUAAUUUAGUAGUACUUAGUAACUUUAAGGGCAAGACUCACUCACUCACUAUCUCAUUUUUAUUACUGCUUUUGUUGGUGGAAAAUGAAUUAGUUUUGUGAUAUCUCUCUUCUUCUCCCUUUCCCCUCAGCCUGGAUGAAGUCACCUACUAAAGCUACUGGCCCAAGCUAGUGAGAGCUGCUGGCUGGAGCAAUCUUGCUGAAUGCAAGAAGGACCAUUUACAUGAGAAAGGCUUACAGGAUCAGGGCUGUGAGUUAGGGCUAGCAUCUGAGCCAGAAUUGCACUUCCUUUUCCAACUAACAACCCUCCUCAGUGCUGCAGGAGAUGCAGGUAAACCCAGUGCUGCUCUUGAGUAGCAAUCCAGCCCAAGCAAAGCAGACUCAAACUUCUUGAGAUGGAAGACUAACCUAAUUGCACAGCAUGCUCAGGUUUCUUGGGUAUUUUCUCUCUUACGCAGGCAGAACCCCUGAACCUGGUGCCUGCAGAGCAGAUAAAAAUGUAACAUCCUGCUGUGUAGAUAAACAGGUGGGUACAUCAGUUCUGUGUCAAAAGCUCUUCUUGGUCCUGUGUUCUAUGUUAAUGAGGUAAGUGCUACACCCUGCAUCCCAGUAAUAAGUCACUGGGCUGAAAUUAAUGUUUAUGACUAAGUCUGAAAGAGUACUGAAGGAUAGUGUCAAUGAAGGGUAAAGGGAAUCAGCAUUCGUCUACAGCACUCAGUUCAGCUCGGAGUUGAGAUCAUUUCAAUAAGCUGCCGUUGUGAAUGGUUGAAGGGCUCUGGUAGAUGAAGGUACCUUCCCUCAGUCUUCUCUCAUGAGUGCUCAGAGGAGAGCUUUCCAGUAUUGCAGGCUGCUGGCCAGUGAGUUGAUACCAUUACGCAAGAAUCUUUAAUGAAAACUGAAUAGCCUGUAGGCCAGUAUGGUUCUGCUGAGACCUUGAGUAAACAAGAAAAUACCAGUGAGGAAAAGCUACUGGGGCCCUAACUCAGCAUCCACAGGGAAAAUUAUUACCAGGAAAGGAAAGAGAACAUCAUGCUGGAAAAAAAGAGAAAAAUCACGGUUCCUGUAGAGAGAAGCCAAGGACUGGGAUGCUUUCUGGUGACCAGUAGGAGAUGGGGAAGGAUGAUAGGCAUCUCCCCCUAUGACUAGGUUUUGGGGAAUCAUCCCAUUGGGAUAUAGCCUCCAGGAGGACCCUGAAGCUUUGUUGUUCUUUUGCCUGUUUCCAGCUCUUUUCCCCAGGGAUUUUUGCAGCAGCACGUGGGUACUACAGCCAAAAUGAAAUCCUUUGAAGCUAUGCCAACCCUGGGAACAAUUCCAGCACAUUAAAUUUAUCCUAGAGUAGAAAUGUGCAGUUUCUUCCAGAGUUGGGGGAUCACAGCAUAAGGAUUUGAUCUUGAUCUUUGUUCUUAACAGCUCUCUAAGACUGUGGAAUUCUGGCUCUCUCUCUCUCUCUCUCUCCUCUGGGCUAGCUAAGACUAAACACAAGGCUGUAGCAACUAGCCCCUUUGUAAACACUGCUGCCAGUAACCCUCCCAGGGCCUGAAAGCAGGGAAUCACAUUUAAUAAAAAAAACUCAGGGCUUCCAAAUACACCACCCAGUUUAGGACUGACUACUUCAGCUCCAGGUCAACAGGGGAGAGGUUAAAGCCUUCUGACAAUCAACUUGGUCUUUUUCAGCUCUAUGUCCUUGUGAACUAGAGUGACUGUGUAUAUGAAGUACAACAAAGGCUUGACAUAUUUAACAUAGCCUUAGGUAUCUACAAGUGUUGUGAACCCUAGCAAGAUAUCACCACAAAAAAAAAAAAACUGUUUUGAAAAAAGUUAACCGCCUUUUUAAUAUAUUUGCAAGCCACUAUACUUGCUGGACUGAAGGCUGAGACGGGGUCAUGAAUUUCAUGCUACAGUUCCGUAGUCAACUUUUUGUUCUCAAGUUUUAUUUCAAUGCACUCAGUAUUGACUGUUUUGAUGCAAUAUUUGAUAGACUGCUGGGAGAGAAUGGACAUUCUGAUACUGACAUAAAAGUUUUCGCUACAGUACAGUGUCUGUAAUGUGCUCACUCUAUCCAAAGGAGAAUCAGGAGUAACUAACUUCCCUGCAUCUAUGUACAAAGCCAAGGAAAUCACUUGAAGGCUGUUCACAAUAUUAUCACAGCAUCUUCUGAUCAUACUGAAUCCUUCAUUAACAACCUCCAGCUGGAAGAUACCACUCCUGUUUUACAGUCAGUGGAGGGAGACAAAUCUGACCAUAUGUAUGAGGGCCAGGCUGUAGCAGUACCUGUGACAGCUGUCAAGCUUCAGUUUAUCAAUCAUUUCUAAUUCCACAAUAAAACGUAAUCCAAACUUUCAAAUACUACCACUUUCUCCCUGUACCUCUUCUGCAAGUUACACUGGGCUCACAGAACCAUGUGAUGAUGAAGGGAUAUUCAGGUAAAAAGUUGGCCAUCUAGUACUCUGCAAGGUGUACAACAAGCACUAUGCUUGCCUCUAUCCAGGAACUUGGAGACUGACUGCAACUUUCUGCACUGUGUAUGCACCAGUAGAUACUGAAGCAGAGCUGGGGCGGUGCUUAGGAUGCUCAACUGUUGCACUGUGCUUGUAACACUUGUUUUUCUUAGGAAUGCUGUAGACUGAACUAAAUGAUUCUUAGGGCACCCCAUGCAGCAACAAGCAACUACUCAUUUUUACCUUGUCCUAAUUCCAUGUUCUGUGUAACUAAAUUAGAAUUUCAGAUUAAAGUAGGAGCGUGCAACUCCUGAUUGUCUCCCACCUACUGUGCUAUGGUCUGCAUACCUGAGCAGACACAGGGGGCAAACAAACUAGAUUGCUUUUGGAUUAAGCUAACCUAAAUUAUCUGUUGCAGCAGACUCACAAGCUUGCAAACUGUGAAACAGGACUAAUAAACCCUCCUAAUGCUUG